AUGGGAGAGCUCGCAACUGAGAAACAUGUUCGCUACAUAUUAUCAGUUGAAAAGAGGAAAGAUAACUUUGAAUCUGUGGUAAUGGAGCAUCUAAGAAUGAGUGGGGCAUACUGGGGAUUGACUGCUCUCGAUCUUCUGGGAAAGCUUGAUACUGUUGAUGUUCAUGAGGCUAUUUCAUGGUUGCUAAGUUGUCAGCAUGAGUCAGGGGGAUUUGGUGGAAAUGUUGGACAUGAUGAUCCGCACAUCCUCUAUACACUAAGUGCCGUGCAGGUGUUGGCUCUCUUUGAUAAGAUGGAUGUUAUUGAUGUAGAUAAGGUGACAAAUUAUAUUGUCAACCUGCAAAAUGAAGAUGGAUCCUUUUCAGGGGAUAUGUGGGGUGAAGUUGAUACACGGUUCUCAUACAUUGCUAUUUGUUGUUUAUCAAUAUUACACCGCUUGGAUAAAAUCAAUGUGGAGAAAGCUGUGAAGUACAUUAUAAGUUGCAAAAAUAUGGAUGGUGGUUUUGGUUGCACUCUUGGUGGGGAAUCUCAUGCUGGUCAAAACAUUGAAGGAAUUGUUGCUACAAAUAUUAAUGGCACUUUAAAGGAGAUGUAA